AUGGAGCGAGGCUGGGCGCGGGAGCGCGCGGAAGCAGCGGCGCGAGAGGCCGAGGGAGGCCGGAGCGGAGAGGGUUCCGGGGAACGAGAGGACAGCGGGGAGCAGCGGCGCGGGGCUGCGCGCGACGGGCGGCGGCAGAGGGGCGCACGGACGCAGGCUGAUCGGCCGGAAGGGGGGACGCGGGGGAGGAGCGGGGGAGGCGAGGGGGAGUUCCACCACUGGUGGGGACGCAAGGGCAAGGACGCGUGGCAGCGCGGGGUGGGGGAGGGCGCGAUAGAGAAGAUGCAGGAGGCGUGGGAGAAGGGGACGUGGGGCGGGGAGAAGCUGGGCACGUGGGCGCGCAAGAAGCUGAAGCAGGGGUAUGGGUGGCGCGCCAAGGCGGCCGUGAAGGAGUGGGAGCUGAUGGAAGAGCGGUGGCUGCAGGAGGACAAGGCGCGCCUGCUGGCGGAGUUCAACGUGGUGUGGGACGAGGGGCGCGGGGGGCAUGGUGGGGGAGAGAGGGGCCUGGUGGGCAUGGUGGGAGGAGGGGUGGAUGGAGGGGAGAGGGGGAGAGUGUGGGGUGGGGUGGAAGGGGAGGGGAGUGAUGGGAGUGAUGGGGCGGGGUUGGCAGGAGGGGAGGUGGAGGGUGAGGGAGAGGGUGCAGGCGGGGAGAGGGAACGGAGAGGGGGGAGGAGGAGGAACGAGGAGUUCCUUCGGUUGAUGGAGGGUGCUGCUGGGGAGCACGUGAGAGGUGAGCGCACGGACAUGGGCAGGAGUGAUGUGGGUGGGGGCAGUGGUGAUGGUACUCGUGGUAGUAGUGACAGCAACAACAGCGAUGCUGCCCGUGAGGCCAUGACCGAGAGCUCUGACGGCACCAACGGCAGCAGCCACACAAGGGAGCGGGUUUACCGAGCCGUGCAGAUCGACAGGGCGGCAUUCGUUCGGCAGUUUGUGGUGCCGGGCCUGAGAGUGCCGCCCGCCUCGUGUGGGCGGCUGGUGAAGCAGCUGGCGGCAGCGGGGUGCCUACUGGACUGGCCUCGCCUCAAGAACGUGGCUCGCGUGGCAGGCGAUGGCGGGGAUGGGGAGGGUGGGGGGGAUUGGGGGGACAGGGGGGAUGGGGAGCAGGUUGAGGGCCGAGGAGUUGGAAGCGGGGCACGGGUAGAGGAAAAGAAAAACGGAGGGAGGAACAGGAGGGGGGGCGAGGGAAGGGAGGAGGAGGGCAUGGCACGGGUGGAGUUGCUGGGGUCCGUGCCCUUGCCCCAUGGCCUCCCCUGGCACGCGCACUCACCACUCUCCCUUUCAGAACAUGUCAGCAGCAGCCAUGGCAGGCAAGCCAGUCGCAUCCUGCUGCUCCGAGAGGACCUUCUGCACUCACCCACUCACAUGCUGCCACCUGUCCUUCAGACGAUCCUUGGUGUGCCAUCAACCCCUGCUGGGGCGCACAGCGUGGAGCAUACUCCACCCGCCAUGCCUCGUGCGGAUGAGCAUCAACCAUCUCAUCGUGAUACCAGCCAGGGACGCGAGGGUGAACAGCAGGGCGCACGCGAGCGCAAGGACGGAGGGAGCAGCGGGGAAGGCGGCAGGGAUGGCGUGGUGGAGGGGGCGGAGGUGGUGGCGUGUGCAGUGACGGUGGGGUAUGAGUACUGGACGGCAGAGGACAUUCUCAGACACGUGCUGCCCGCACACGUGCCCGUGCCCACGUCGUUUGAGAGCGUGGGGCACAUCGCUCACCUGAACCUGCUCGAUGUGCACCUGCCGUACAAGCACCUCAUUGCGCAGGUGCUGCUGGACAAGCACAAGCCGCGCAUCCUAUCGGUGGUGAACAAGACGGCGGCCAUCCACGCGGUGUACCGCACCAUGAAGCUCGAGCUGCUGGCGGGCAGCUUCCGCCUCAUCACCACCGCCAGGGAGAGCGCCCUCUCCUUCAAAGUCGACUUCGCCCGCGUCUAUUGGAACUCUCGUCUGGCCACGGAGCGAGCUCGCCUCGUCUCAACCUUCUCCUCAGCCGAUGUUGUCUGCGACGUGUUUGCGGGAGUGGGGCCGAUCGCAGUGGCGGCAGCGAAGCGGGUGAAGCGCGUGUACGCCAACGACCUCAACCCCUCGGCACUCACCUUUCUGGCGGAAAACAUCAUUGCCAACCGUGUGGACGGCAAAGUGGAGAUAUUCAAUUUGGACGGUCGUGAUUUCAUCAGGCACCUGCUCGCACUGCCCCGCCCUGUGCACAUGACACGGAUCGUCAUGAACCUGCCUGCAGACGCCAUCGAGUUCCUCGAUGUUCUCAAGGGGGCCUUUCCUCUGGGCAAGUGGGGCACCAGGACCCCUCCGCCCCUCAUCCAUGUCUAUGCAUUCUCCAAGGCCGCUGACCCCGAGCUAGAGCUAUCACAGCGCAUAUCAGCAGCGCUGGGCGGCACUGUCACGGGCAUUGACUUCAACAGGGUGCGCCUCGUGGCGCCCUCCAAGUGGAUGAUCUGCUGCUCCUUCCGCCUGCCUCCCGCUGUAGCAUUUGGUUCCUGGUGA